GCUGGACUAUUGUGACGAAGCGGUGAAGGACCCUGAGCAGGACCUACCUGUUGACAUCCACCAGCCUCCGCCAUUCGUGCACAAGAUCCUGCAGCUGAGCGGUGUCCUGUUCUACUAUGAGGAUUUCUCGGAGGGGAGUGGCUCUGCGCCAUCCCCUGUCCCAAAGGAGGAAGCGGAGCCAUCUGCCUGCCGAGAAGAGGAGGCCUCCUCCAGCCCUUUGCUUCAGAUCGGCAGCUGCUCCGGAUACACAGAGAUGAGAAUCAAGCUGAAGCAGAAUGAGGCCUUUCCCGGACCCAAGGUCAGCCAGACAGAGGUCGUUGGUUCAUUGGCUAGGUUCCUUAUCAAGCUUUUUCUCCAAAGAGCUCCGAGCAGCUUGCCAUGUUCCUUGGCAGCAAGACUCUGCAAAGGGGGUUAAGCCACCUGGGUCGCUU